AUGUUGAACGGAACGGAGCGAUACUUUUUGCGAGGAGUUGAGCUACACGGGUUGGUCUGUGAUUUACAGGCACCGGCGAUUUACUUCGAUGCAGAAGCUUAUCUUGACUGGAUACUGUACAACAUGAGGGAGAACGUGCUAGAUACAAUGGAUGUGUUUGAAACUGUAACUACGAAUCAAACGCUCGAGGUGGAGUGGAGCAAGUUGCAACAGCAGCCCGGAAAGGAACGGUUGCAUCUGUUCAAUAUGGACACCUGUGGUUUAACCACCGAUGGUUUAGAGAUAUAUGAAGCUUCAACGACCCUUCCUUGGAACGGGAUCAUUAUGAAUGAUGCAAAUUUCACCGGUGAGGUUCCUUUGACGCGAAGCAUGGUAGUGCUGAUAAGCGAAUGGUAUGCUUUGGCCCCAAGGCGUAGUAUAGAGAACGAUGUUGCUUGGCGAUAUAUUAUGCUUGGAGUUCAACUCAACGACUGCAUCACUAGCCAAUGCAAAACACAGCAGGUGGUGGAAAUCAAGAACAUUAUCAUCCCUCCACCGAACCAUCCGAGACAGACGUUUGCACUGAUAGAGCUUCUGGAGCCUGCGAAUCUAAUGAAUCCCUACAUCAGGCCAAUAUGUUUGCCCCUAAUGGAUCAGUUGCAUCAUCAUAAACCCACAGAAGUUGGGAUAUCAAUUAAUCUUGAUGUUGAGACAGUGAAGAAGAAGCUAGCAGUGAUUGACAACCCUUCCUGCAAGCAUGGACUACGUCAGGAGAGUUAUUUUAUCGACUUUAACGAGGAUUCUCGACAGUGUGCAAUCGAGAUAACAGUUGAGUACAAACAGAUCCCUGUACCUUCCGUCUUGGGCAGUCCCUUAAUGAUGCCUGUAUCGUACGGAGGAAGUACGCACUAUUUUCUGUACGGUAUGGAUAAUAAUGUGCCAGGUGAAUACAAUCGAUCAAUCUUUGGUCCGUAUUUGUUUGACACGGUUCAGUCGGCCGAUCUCGAAUGGGUAGUAGAGAAUGUACGGGAGCAUGAACGUCCGACGUCACUUCCCAGCACACUGACGAAUGGACGUGUGAACUUGAAGCCUGUACAGCAAGCUUCCAAGAGCAGUUUGUUUAACUUUAACACGUGCGGUAAAUCAUCCAGCAACUUUCCAAUGCCAUGGGUCGGGAAACGCCUCUCAAAUGCUCCAUUCUUUAACGAAAGUAGUUGUUUGGUUACGCUGAUAAGCGACUGGUAUGUGGUUGGCCCAGCAGCUUGUUUCGAAGAAGAUAGUCAAAAGUUCGUUUUAAUGUUCGGAGAUACCAAUGAAACAGCCUUCAAAGAAUGUUUUAAGACCAAAAACUACGAUUCGUGUAUUCAUCCAGCUCAGCGAGUUUCGAUCCAGAAGGUGUUUCUUCAUCCACAGUAUAACCAAACUAAUCGUGCCAAUAAUAUUGCAUUGAUUCAACUGGCCACUCCUGUCGAUACAAGUCGUCCGAAUGUGAGGCCCAUCUGCUUACCGAUCAUCGAUACGAGUCGCAGUUACACCAUUUCAAGCCUCGUAAUGGGGUCUUCUAAUUUUACAAUAACUAAUGUGGAUGAUAGGUACAUCGACCCGGUGGAAUGUCAGAAACGGUGGCAAGGUUUGAAGGCUAGCUUCACCGUAGACAGAUCAAUGCAUUGUGUCGUUGUCAAACCAACAAAGGAAGAUACGUGUUACCGUACACUUCAUGGUGCAUCGCUCCACUCACGCCAGGCGAUGAAAUCGAGUGACAGACACUUUCUGCGCGGCUUUUCUGUAAUCCCUUCAACAGAAUGCAUCACUUACUAUCCCGUAGUUUAUAUAAAUACCGAUGCCUAUUUGGAUUGGAUACUGGAAACAAUGGAGCAGCCAGGUCUCUCAUUCGAUCUGCACCAGGUUCUGAUUUUUAGUGACAAAUAAGCCAUUAAUCUCUCGUCAGCAUCGGGUUAAAUAUUAUACUUUUGUUAGUUAGUUUAGUAAACAUAAUGAAAAUCAUGAAGAGAAAGAAUUAUGUUCUCCUAAACUGGGAUUAUAUUUGUAUUUAUUCAAUAAAUAGCAGAAACAAGAAGAGAGAAACGCUAGGAAAUAAACACUUUAAAAAUAAACUUUAAAUGAAGAAGCUAGAAA